AUGAAAUUUCGGACAUUCUUUGGGCGUUCUGUCUCUCCGCGUGCUGCGAGCUGCGGUGCUGCUGCUUGUUGGCUGCAUGCAGCAGCAGCAGCAGCAGCAGCAGCAGCAGCAGCAGCAAGAGAGCCGCUGCUGCCACCAGCAGCAUUUAGUAGCACACUAAAACAACGAGCAUACAGACAAACGCUGCAGCUGAAAGCAGCAGCAGCAGCAGCACUCUUUCUCUAUUUGCUGCUGCCUUUCUUCGCGCCGGAGCCGCCGACGCUGCUGCACCCGCCACAGCAGCAGCAGCAGCAGCAGCAGCAGCAGCAACAGCAGCAGCAGCAGCAACAGCAGCAGCUGCUGCAGCAGCAGAUAGUAGGGUUCUCGUCAGCCCCCACGAGGUGUAUAGACAGCUGGUGCAGCACAGAGCAGCAAAUCAACCCCCUCCACCAGCAGCAGCAACAGCAGCAACAGCAGCAACAGCAGCAGCAGCAGCAAUAUGGAGACUAUUUGUUGCUGCUGCAGCAGCAGCCCUUCCCUCGUACCCGCCGACUGAAGGAGACAAAGGCCCUGCUGCUGCUGCACCCCAGCAGCAGCAGCAGCAGCAGCAGCAGCAGCAGCAGCAGCAACAGCAGCAGCAGUGACAGCAGCAGCAAUGAUAGCAGCAGCUGCAGCAUUAGCAGCAGCAGCUGCAGCAGCAGCAGCAGAUUCCCCGCCAACAACAACAGCAGCAGCAGCAGCAGCAGCAGUUCCAUCCCGAGCGAACCCACGAGGUGUAUAGACAGCUGGUGCAGCACAGAGCAGCAAAUCAACCCCCUCCACCAGCAGCAGCAGCAGCAGCAGCAGCAGCAGCAGCAACAGCAGCAGCAGCAGCAGCAGCAGCAAUAUGGAGACUAUGGGUUGCUGCUGCAGCAGCAGCCCUUCCCUCGUACCCGCCGGCUGAAGGAGACAAAAGCUCUGCUGCUGCUGCACCCCAGCAGCAGCAGCAGCAGCAGCAGCAGCAGGCAGCAGCAGCAGCAGCAGCAGCAGCAGCAGAAUAUGUAUAUUAAACUGUUUCUCUACUGUAUCUCCUUUACAUGCAGAUUAUAUGUUGCUGCUGCUCAGUGA